AUGGCUAAAGGUUCAACUAAUGUACAAGCCAGUAAGCCAAAGGGCAGUAUCAAAUUACAGAAAAAGGCUGAUGUCAGCCCACCACAAUUAAAACGAAAGAGAGAGGAAGAGGCCCAAGAGGAAGAAGACGAAGACGCAAGCGAGGAUAAUGAAGAGGAAGAUAGCGAUGACUUUGAGGGAGACAGUGGAGAUUACAGUGAUGAUUUAAAUGAUGAGUUUAGUGAGGCAGAGGCUGAUAGUAGCGAGAUGGAAGAUGAUCAAUUCGAAUCCGAAGAUGAGAAUGUCCCUUCUAAGAGUAGAUUAGAAGCUAAGAAGGAAAAAGAGCAAGAAUCAUUUGCAAAAGCCAUGUCGGCAAUCCUUCAGUCAAAAGUAAAGGCACAUGAUAGAGAAAAUCCUAUUCUUGUGCGGUCCAAAAAAACUGCCAAGGAUCUUGAAACCUCGAGGCUAGACGCUAAAGCUCGUAGAGCUUUGGCUGCUGAAAAGAAACAAGUACAAGAUAAGGACAGAGUUCGCAAUCUUUUAGAGGUGAGGCCACAGGAGGAUGGAUCCGAACCUCAAACCGUUCAACAACUGUUAGAGCAAGAGAAGAAACUACGAAAAAUUGCUCAGCGCGGUGUUGUUCGUUUAUUCAACGCCGUUCUUGCAUCUCAAACUGUGGUAAAUACUGCUUCAAACUCUGGUGAAAAGAUUCUUGGUUUGACGAAAAAAGAAGAACAAAUGACAGAAAUGUCUAAAGAUACGUUUCUGGAUCUGAUCAGAUCAGGUGGUAAAAAGUAA